AUGCCGAAAACGGCCCAGCACUGCCCGUCGUGGCUUGGCCUCCUCACGACGCGAGGGGGCCUCCGAGGCAGGGCCUCGGCAGCACCAGCUCCCCGGGGGCGGGCGCGCGCGACGGGCAGCGCCCGCGCGCGGGCAGGGCUCGGCAGCUCCCGCGCCGCGUCGGAUGCCCGCGGGCCUGCCGGAAUGGAGGGCGGGCACGGGGG